AUGUCCCUGCUCACGACAUACUUUGCAAAGAAGAGGGCUUUUGUUGUUGGCAUCGCUGCUCUAGGGUCCUGCACUGGUGGCGUUGUCAUUCCGAUCGUUGUCCAGCAGCUGUUGCCUAGGAUUGGGUUCCCAUGGACGGUCAGAGUAAUUGGUUUUGUCAUGCUUGCCACGAACGCAGUUACAAUCGCCCUUUACAGAACACGCUUACCACCACGCAAGGCUGGCCCUCUUAUCGAAUGGACGGCAUUCAAGGAAGCCCCGUAUGCAUUAUACUGCGCUGCGAUGUUCUUCAACUUCUGGGGUCUGUAUUUCGCCUUCUUCUACAUUGGAUCCUACGGCCGCAAUGUACUGGGCGUGAGCUAUCAACAAUCCAUCAAUCUGCUCUUGACUGUCGUAUGUGUAGGAUUCAUCUUUCGCCUUGUGCCAAAUUACUUCGCGGAUCGGAUUGGCAGCCUCAACACCCUCAUUCCGUUUACCUCGCUAUGUAGUAUCAUGAUGUUCGGUUGGAUAGGCGUCGAAUCCGUGCCUGGACUGUUUGCGUUCGCAGCCCUGUAUGGCUCAGGCUCCGCUGGAGUGCAAUCGCUAUUCCCAGCUGUUUUCGGCUCCUUGAUGCGGGUACCGGAUAUGAAGAAGGCGGGGGUGAGAAUGGGCAUGACAUUCUCGAUUAUCAGCUUCGCUGCUCUUACCGGUCCACCGCUUGCUGGUGCGUUGAUUCAACGCAGUAAUGGAGGCUAUCUGUCGGCUCAGAUUUGGGCCGGGACUUCGUUCUUUAUAGGAAGCGUAUUGUUGGUCACUACUCGUUUUGCGAAAGUGGGAUGGGAUUGGGAGGCGAGGAUAUAA